AUGCAGCAAGAGGCUAGUCUACAGGACAGGCUGGCAGUAGCCUCAGCAUUGAUACUGCAAUCACCCCCGGGGGAAGUCAAUGAUGUCUUCAACGAUGUUCGUCCGAUCGUGGGCGAUGAUAGCGAGCUCGAACGCGGCCUUCUGCCAGCUUUAGCGCAGUACAACACCGAGCAACUGGCUCUGGUCGAGCUACCGAACAGCAAGAUCCCGGCGAUGAUAUGUCCGGCAGCCCGAGUGGACGAGGAAGCGGCCGAGAACCGCUACCUGGACCCCCAUUCGCAACAGACAUUCACCUUCGAUCAUCUGCGUCUGUCGGCCUCUGAUCUUCAGCCCUUCGUUCCCCCAGACCCAGAGAUGGAGAAGACCCGGGCAGAGCUCGAGCGCCAGGCAGAGUCGUACCUCAGGAACCACUUCCAGAACGCCGUCUGGACCGUCUUCUCCGUCCCCCCCUCCUCCUCUUCCUCCUCAACUCAACCUGAUGAUCCUCCCGCCUCUGAUAACUCCGUCGAUCCGCCGCCGCCGCCGCCUGAGCACCAGGAAAUCGAUGAGCCUCCCUCCGAUCUCGACCCCCCCACUGACGAUCAACCUCCUCAAUCUCCCCCCAAACAACCAGAUCAGUCUGAGACCCAGAGCCAAUCGACCUCAUCCAACAAAUUCAAAUUGUACAUUGUUGGAAACAAAUACAAUCCGACCAACUAUUGGACGGGCCGAUGGCGUAGUAUCUAUGACAUCGAUAUGGGGACGGGAAAGAUUGAUGGCUUGAUCCAAGUGAAUGUGCAUUACUACGAGCAAGGAAACGUUCAACUAUCGACGACCCAUACGCCGGCGAUCGAGACGCCUCCAAACGGCGGGCCAGCAGAGAUCAUCAAGGCUAUCCAAGCCGCCGAAUCCAAGUACCAGGCCGGGCUCAACUUGGCGUACAACGAGCUCGGCGAUAACACGUUCAAGUUGCUCCGCAGAGCUCUACCCGUCACUAAACAGAAAGUCAAUUGGAAUAACAUGAAGGCUAGAAUCGUCCUGGAUGAUCAUUGA